AUGCUACACCACAUCCCCUCGGUCAUUCGCGCGUCCAACGCGACCGCCCUCCCCCUCCUCGAAAUGAUCACCCCCUCCUCAGCCGGCUACCCCAUAUAUCACACUGAUCAUCGCUCCAUCUUCCCCCAAAUAUCCGACAAACACCUCUCCCUCCUCGUCCCUACCGUCCUCUACUGGGCCUGCUCCCUCGGCUGGCAUUUUCUCGACACCAUGAAGUUCCCCUACUUUGAGAAGCGUCGAAUACAUGAAAGCCCCGAAGUCAUGGCGCGGAACAAGUGCACCGUUGCCGAGGUGGUCAGAGCGGUGAUGCUGCAGCAUCUCAUACAGACCGUGUUGGGUUUGGUAUGGUUUGGGAACGAGGAGUCGAUCUACCAGACGGAGGUGAAGGUGAAUCACCUGGGGAAGAUGGCGGCGCUGGCGCCAAAGGUGGCCAAAGGGGCGUUCUUGUUGCUGGGGCCAAGAACAGGAGAGGCGGUAUUGCGGUCGUAUGGGGAGGGAUUAGUACGGUGGGUGUACUGGUGGGGCAUACCUGCGGCUCAGCUCGUCUUUGCCUUCUUCCUCCUCGACACCUGGCAAUACUUCCUGCACCGGCUCUUCCACACCAACCGUUUCCUCUACAAACACGUCCACUCGGUUCACCACCGUCUCUAUGUCCCCUACGCUUUCGGCGCACUCUACAACCACCCUGCCGAGGCGUUCCUCUUCGACUCUCUCGGAUCGGUCGUCGCGCACGAGCUGUCAGGCAUGACGAUCCGUCAAGCCAUCCUCUUCUUUGCCAUCAGCUCUAUAAAAACGGUAGACGACCAUGCGGGAUACCGGCUCGCAUGGGACCCGUGCCAGUUUUUGUUCGCAAACAAUGCCGACUACCAUGACAUACAUCACCAGAUGUACGGAUUGAAGUCCAACUUCUCUCAGCCUUACUUCAUCAACUGGGACGUCCUCCUUCGCACACGUAUGACCCGAGCGCAGGCCAGCGCCAAGGUCCGUCCAUCGGUUCGGUCAAAGACAGCAGUACCUGCGACUCUGAUAGACAAGACGGAGUAA